UAUUGAAUUAUUAUAUUCCUUUAAUUGUGUGUCACCGGAGAAGAGAUAAAGAAAGUUGUGUUGAAGAGACUGAUACUUUAUAGCUGAGUACUGGUUAAAGUUUAUAAAGUUGGAACAAGAUUUUGCAACAAUGACGAUAAUGGAAUUCUUUGGUUGUACAUUCUUGGCAUUUGGGCCCCCACUGGCAAUGUUUGCGUUUACAAUAGCCAAAGACCCAAUCAGAAUAAUUAUUUUAAUUGCUGGUGCCUUCUUCUGGCUUCUUUCGUUUUUAUUGUCAUCACUUCUGUGGUUUAUUGUGGUGCCAUUAAGAAAUAAACUUGUAUUUGGCCUUGUAUUUUCAGUACUUCUGCAAGAAAUUUUCAGAUUUCUAAUUUACAAGCUUCUCAGGAAAGCUGAAAGUGGCCUUAAGAAAGUUACAGAUAACUCUGAACAAAUUACUGGUAACAAACAUAUCCUUGCAUAUGUGGCAGGAUUGGGGUUUGGAAUCAUCAGUGGAGCUUUCUCCUUAGUCAAUGUACUAGCUGAUGCUGUAGGUCCUGCAACAAUGGGUCUUAAGGAUGGGUCUGAUCUGUUUUUCCUCACUUCAGCGGCCACCGCUCUUUGCUUCAUCCUGCUUCACACAUUCUGGAGUGUUAUAUUUUUUUCUGCAAUGGAUAACAGGAACUAUAUAUAUAUUGCAUGGGUACUCGGUACUCACAUGAUAGUUUCAUGUUUAACAUUGUUCAAUCAGGAUGAACUGUAUGUGGCGUCACUUCUGCCAGGAUACUGCAUUAUGGUGGCUACAGGAUGUAUGGCGUACUAUGCAGCUGGUGGUACAUUCUACAGUUUUGUUGCAAGUCUGAAAUUCCAUUGAAUGAAACUCUAAAACUAUGCCAUAAAUCUAUGUGUAAUUUAUUUACAUGAAAAUGUAUUAUUAAUAGACUUUCUUCAAGAAGAAAGACAAUUAUUAUUCCACCCAACUUUGAUGUAAUUUUGUACAAGCAUGUUUCACCACCCUUAUCUUUGUCGGAGAGACAGAAUACAGAAUUGUGAAAAAAUCACCAUUGUUUAUUGUAUGUGCAGAAGCUCUGCCUUAUAAUUUUAGUAAAUUGGCAUAGUUUUUUUUCUGAGGUUGGUUAAUCGCUAUAUGAGAGUAAUGGGGCAGGCAGUUCAAAAUAGAUUUUGUGAGUUGGGGCAACAUAGAUAUUUAAAAGGUGUAGGUGACAUACUGUAGUCAGAGUAUGAUGUUAAUUAAAAUAUAUUUUGUAUCUGUUUGAAUAAGGAUUUUAGAUUCUGUAAACAUGAUUAAAGAAAAACAAUUUAACUGCGGUUAAAUGCAGUUCUCUUACACAAAGAUUAAGUGUUACCCCCAAUACUAUAUCUUUAUAAUUUCCCAUUUUAUGUAACUUGCACAUCAAUGGAGCAUUGAUAUAAGAAUAUUUCUCUUGGGUAGCGUAGUAAAAUAUACAUUCGAACAUACAGAUUUAGUCUGAUGGAUGAUGCACCAUUAAGAUAUGUACUUCAGAAGCAAAGCCACAACUCCAAACAUUAACUGUGUGCAAGUUUCAGUACCAAAUAUUGCUGAUUUGUAUUCUAUGGAUGUGCAAAUUUGAACCAUAUUCCAGAGUAGCCAGAUAUUUGUGUUCAUAGACAUCACUGAAUUUUAUUUAUUUAUUUUUUUGCAUAUGUAAUGACUGUUUUAAUGAAAAUAAAAUUGGAAAAACCUCUUAGUGUAUGAUAAAUAGGCGUACAGUAUAUGUCAGGUAGAUGAUAAUCAGUGAAGAACAGUAAAUCUGAAUUGCAAAUGUCAGUGCUGUGUUCACAGAAUUUUUGGUAAUUCAAAGUUACAUGAAAAUUUAUUGUAUAAGAUCAAGUAUUUAUGAAGUUCGUAUUCUGCGUUGUAACGUCAUUGUGUGCUCGUAUCUAUGUAAAAAUCCACGUGGCGUCACAACCCAGAAGACCAACAUUUUCACCGCUGUGAGAACCAAAAUUUUCAUACUGCUUCUACAAAAUUGAAUGGGACCUGUUUUUUUUGUGCAGUGUCCCAUGUCACUUAUAUUCCAACUUUGAAGUACAGACAGCUUUCGAUUGUACAUAAAAACAAUACGGUUGAUGAGCUGUGGUAAAUAUAAUUUUAAGAAAGAAGCCAGGCUGAUUGUAAAUGUAGGCAGAUGGCAUGCUUGUAUAUUAAGUUCCCUUUACAGCACAAAAAGACAUUACCAUGACUAACAGUGCAACAAAAAAUUUCCCACAAGUUCAUACAUCUAAGUGGCAUAUAUUAACUUACAAAUGACAAUCACUUCAUAUUGUAAACAAGUGAUUUUUAUUUAAUGUUCAUUCACCUUGCAAGUAAUCAAAUAUUUGAUAAUGUGCAUACUUUCAAUACAUUUUAUACAUAACAUUGAUGAUAUUAUUCUGGCAAUAGCACACAUAACGAUACAAAGGUAAUUAUCUUUUGUGAUUAUGACAGAUACAUUCCUCUUACUGAAUCCAUGCAUUUGUUGAUAAAAUAAUAACAAUAACAAUAAAUGAUCUGAAGCUUUCACUGCAA